AUGCCUGAUUCAACAUUUGAUGAAUUUUUUGAUAAUGAUUUUUAUUCUGCUCCAACUUCAGAAAUUGGUAAUGAUGUCAAUACGAAAAAUCAUCUUAAGAAUGUUCGUAAUUCAAUUCAAAUCAAACAUUCAAUAUCUACAAAGUCACUAAAAGAUAUCACCACCAAUCCUAAUCCUAGUCAACAAUCAAAUCGUCAAUCAUUUCCUACGAAUAUUAAAGCGAAAAGAACUUCAGCUAUUAAAGCUUCACCUUCUUUAAAAGCAUUGGAAAAUAUUCUCAAUGAAAAGAGUAAACAAUAUAAUUCAACAAGUUCUUAUAAUGUUAAUGCUAUUGUUGAGGAAGAAGAAGAGGAAGAAGAUGACGGGAUAGUUCGUCAACAAACUAAAUUAUCUCCUCCACUUGUGUUCAAGUAUAAUACCGAUGUUGGUCAAUCCGUACAAACAUUUGAAACUGCAACCGAAUCCUUAGAUGAUGAGGAACGACAACAACAAGAAGAAGAAACUGAUAGUAAUCAAGUACCUGAAUCUAUGGAAAGUUCAAUAUUUAGUCAUAAUUAUUUGACUAAGAAAACGAGUAAAGCAUCAUCAACAACAUCAGGUAAUUCGCACAAAUAUAAUAAAUCGUCUAUUUCCACAAUUAGUGAGGCAGGCUAUUCAACUGAUGAGACUCCUAUUGUAUAUCAACCUAUGACGUUCCAAAGCAUCACUCCCCAUAGUCCAGAUUCACCAAUUGUUAAGAUGAUUGAUGUCAAUGAAGAACAACAAUUUGGUGAUAAUGCCAAAGUACACGAAAACGGACAAAACUAUAUAAUUGGUAACUUGGACACUAACUCCAAUAGUAAUAAUAAGAAUAAUAAUAUUUUUGCUAACAAUGGUGUUACUAAUUAUAAUACAACAUCUCAAAAAAUAUCAACAAAUUAUCAACAACAAGAACAACAAGAGGCAAGCAAGUCUGUUGAUUACUUAUCUUGUAUUGAUUCUCAUUUUAAUUAUCAACCUCAAUCUCAACAACAACAACAACAAGAACAACCAGACGAUCAAGACGCAGAAGAAAUGGUACAAAAAAAUUCUCAUUCCUUACAGCCACCGAGACACAUAAAAUUACCUUCAUCAAAUAAAUCAUUUUUAACAAAUUCAUCUUCCUCUACCAUAUCUUCUUCAACUACAACUUCCACCACCAUCGCCACCACUAACAACAAGGCCACCACUGGUACAAGCAUUCAAUCGAAUAAUCCAUUCUAUCAACCUCAUUCGAACAACAAUCAUUAUUCGCAUCAUCAAGUUCAAAAACAGAAUUUUUCAUCCGCCAAUCCAAACGUGCCGGCACCACCACCACCACCACCUCCUCCUCCUCCUCCAAUUUUACAGCAACAACCUUAUCCUGGAACUGCUUCUACUACUAGUAAUACUUCUAAUUCUGUUCAUCGUACCAUUAGUAAUUUAUCAUCAUCAAACAUGUCGAUUGAAUCCAAUAAUUCAUCCCUUAAUAAGAACAAUAGCAAUUCUGAACAUACUACCCGCCCUAAAAUUGUUCGUAAAUCAAAAAGCAUGUUGGAAGUGUUGUCAAAUUCGGAAUCCCUUGAAAAUAUUCAAAAGUCAACUUCCCCUUUACCAGAGACUCCAAAACAAUAUUUCGCUGGUAUCACUACCACGGGUCCUGGCUCUACUGCAUCUUCCCCUAAAAAAUCCCCUCAUUUAAGAUCAAAUUCUGCAUUUUCCUUAAAUUUCAUUUCAAAAGAAACCACUAGCAAUACCAACACUAUGGAUCCUCCUAGACAUUUACAACAUAAGAGAAGUAGUACCAUGAGUGACUUGAGUAGGUUAAAUCAUACACAGCCGUCACAUCCGCAACAACAGCAAUCACAAUCACAACCACAACCACAACCACAACAACAAUCGACUGCUGCUAGUGUUCAAUCGUCUACAUUUACAAACAAUACUCUGACAUCAUCUACUGCAACCAAUGAAAAGAAAAAGUUUAGCUUUAAAUCAUUAUUCAAAUCAAGGUCAAAAAAUCAUUCUUUGAAUUCAGCACUGGAACCAAAGAAAUUGACUUCAAAGUCAUAUUCUACUCCAAACAUGCAGACAUUGUCCGAACAACCUAAGAAAGUUGAACAAAAACAACAGCAAGACGAUCAUCAAAGACCACAAAUGAAAACUACCAAUUCAUUCAUGAAUAGAUUUAUGAAGACAAAAUCAUCAGAAAAUCUUAGUAAAAUGGGAGCAUUACAAGAACCUAAAAAAACCCUUGAAGCAAAUAAACCCGUGGAUCAGCAUACCAAAAAAGAACCUGCCGUGGCAAGUAAUUCUACUGUUUCGUCAAAUUCUGCUCCUACUACCAAUGAAAAUUUUAAAAAUAAAAACUCUGCAAAGGAAACUACUACUAAUACUACUACCUCAACAACGAAUAAAUCUAAACUGGACGCUAUGGCACCUCCUACCCAAUCAUUAGCAAGACCAGGAAGUGUUAAUUUCAUUAGAGAAAUUAGCGAGGAUAGUGUAUUUGUUGGUAAGCAUAAUAUUGAAGUUCAUGAUGAUAUAGAAGAUGAACAUUCUGGGGAUGAUGAUCGUGAGUCAUUUGAAUCGGGAGAAGAUAAUUAUGAUCAAUUAUCUUAUUCAAGGUCAGUUCCUGAAGAUGAGGAUUUUGAUUAUUAUGAUGCAAAGAAUAUAUCAGAUAACCCACCACAGAAAUUGAAUAAAGGAAAUCAAUAUGGAGAAGAAAUUGCUUUAUUACCUCCAUUAUUAGAUUCUAACCAAUUUGGGUCCCCAUUUAAAGUUAAUUAUCAAAAUUCUCCACAAUCUUCAUCAAAAGGUGGUGAAACUCAAGGACAAAACUUGGAUGAUAGUCCACUUCUGAAAAAGAAAUUGCAGUCUCCAUCAAUGCCAAUUAAACCACCACAUUCACAAAAUCCUCUGGCUAAUAGAGGUCUUGAUCAUAAUCACCAUCAUAAUAGCAACAAUAGUAAUCAAUUAUUAGGGGAAGCAUUAUUUCCUAAAUCGUUGAAUGCUCAUGAAGUUGAAAGUAUUGUUUCAUUAGAAAGAUCAAGAUCAAUGAAGUCUGUUAAAUCCAAUAAACGUAAUUCAUUUGUUAAUUAUGAUGGUAGUGAUGAUAAUAUUGUUCAUUAUGUUGGGCCAACUUCACAGCCAAAUUCUAAUAGUGGUAUGACAAGAUCCAAUUCAAUUUUAAAGAAUUCUACCAGCAGAAGAAGUAAUUUGAAUGAAGAAUUGAAUAUGAAUUCGAUUGAUGCUAAUAUUUCUCAAUAUGCAGAAGAAUUGAACCAUAGUAACCAUAAUCUUAAUACUAGUUUAAUCCUUGAUGAUGAUUUAAUGGAAUUUAGUCAAUUUAUUGAUGUUGAUAAUUUGAAUUUUGUUGAUUCUCCUUUACUUCCAGGGACUCCCAAAAGAAGUGAUGGUCAAGUUGGCAUUCCACCACCAUCUCCACUUGAUCUUAAAUCUUUUGAUAAACUGAUGCCUCAUCCAUCGUCUGUUCAAGAACAACAACAAGUACAACAGCAAAAAAAAUCUCCAGUUAUUAUUGUUGACAAAUCAGAAGUUGAAGAACCAAAGAUUAAUAAGAAUGCCCAAAUUAGUAUCGAUUCAAGAACUCCACCAUCUUCAUCAUCUCCACUUUCUAUGGAACAUGUUGAAUCACCUAAAACUAGUGUUGAAGGAAAUGAACAAGCUCAUGAAAAGGAAGUUGUUGUUAUCGAUUUGACUAAUGAUAGCUCUGGUGUUGGUAACAGUAUCACUACUCCAGAACCUAAGAAUGAAACUGAUGAUGAAGAUGAAGAUGGAAUGGGUAGUGAUGCUGCUACUGAAAUUAUUAAGAGUUCACCAAUUUUACAGAGUGCAUAUAUGGCAAGAAGAUCACAGGAUUAUGAAGAAGAUGGUGAUGGAUCAACAACCAAACCUAAAGUUCGUCCAAUUUCCAUGUCUUUUAAAGGUAUGAAUGCACCUUCAUUUUCUGGUAAGUUUAAGAGUCAAGAUUUAAGAAGUAGUGAUUCUCAUCAAUCUUUUAAUAUUAAUUUCAAUGAUGAUUCUUCAAGUUCAGUUGGUGGAGGAUUUGGAACGACGACCGAUGAUGAAGAUUAUGAAAGUGAAGAUCUUGAUGAUUCUUCAAAUGUAUCUUCGAAGAGAGAUGGAUCAAUUAAUCAAGGAAUUGGCGGUAGAAAAAUAUCACCAUUGAUUCCUCCACAAACUAAUAUGAUUAAUAAACAUUCACCGUUAGUUCCUCCAUCUGCUGGACCUAAUCCAGCAGCAGUUCAAUCACCAACAACUUCAGUUAAAUCUUCAGUCUUUUCACCAAGACAAUCACAUAAGAAAUCAUCAGCAUCACCAACUGAAUCAAAUCAUCCACAACAGGGAAUUCCCCAACCACCGGCACCACCAAGGAAGUUUUCUCACAAUAAGAUUCCUUCUAUAUCAGAUCAAUCAUCAGUUGCAUCUGGUUCCCCAAGAUCAUUUACAUCAAUGAUUAGUAAGAAAUGGGGUAAUAAUAAAAAAUCAUCACCUGCAUCAAGUCCAAGAGCUGCUCCAUUAACACAUCGUCCGCCACAAGUUAUCAAUAAAAUUUCUAAUGGUGUUCGAUUCAGUUCAAGAAUUAUCUUGUAUGAUACAUAUAAUGAGGAUGAAUAUGAUAGACAUCCAGAUACAGCUACAUGUAAUCAAUUGACUCCAUUAUUAGCACAACAAAUUAAAGAAGAAUUGAAUACAUUUAAAAGUGAAAUGAAUAUUCAUGUUGAGUCAAGAUGUUAUACACAUUUCUUUUAG